CGAGCUCAGAUCUUUGCGAUGUUCUUAUAUGAUAUAUCUUCUGUCACAAGGAAAGCCUGGGCCACUUUAUGGCUGCCGCAGGCACGGCAAGCGCUCGAGGCCGUUGAAGAAAAGCGGGGUCACAUUGUUGAUAUCAGGGAAGCAGAGCGACUCGCUCUACAGGAAAAAGCGAGAACGUAUAAAAGGCUUAUUCAAACAUCUGAAGACCUCUUGGGUGAAAUAGUGCAACAGUACCUGCCACUGCAAAAGAAGAAUUUUUUCAAAUACUUCUUGAACCAUGUGAGUGCCGCCAUCGACUUCUCCCUCAUCUACUCUCUCAAGCUGCUCCCACGGCCAGUUUCCCCAGUUGGCCCUCUGGCGCAUUUAGCAGCGGAAGAAGGAAAACUCGAAACAUCGGAAUUCGAUGAUUCACUGCAUAUUCUUAUGCCUGACGGGGAGCUAUAUGAAAACUGGAGAAAACUCGAAACGCAACCCCAGAGACCUCUAAACCUGCGGGCAACAACAACUUUAGGAAAACUGGCCGCGACAACAGUCGUUUCAACAACACUCGCUGCUGCAACAUGUUUCAGAAUUGCGGCAAUUUCUAACGCAGAAGGCUCGGUUCAGAAUUCUUUCUCAGACGAGCGGAACGGGCAAGCGCAGGAAGGAGGGUGCGCAAGAGCAGCUGGUUGCUUUUCUUAUAGACGAUGGACGAAGCUAAAAUUCUUACUCUUUGUUUGUGAAAAAGAGGAAGUCGUAUGCAGUAAUAAGGGGCAGGCGGCCCUUCGAAACCGCGAGGAAUACCAUUCCUGUUUGGAAGGAUUAGGUGGCGUUGGCGCUUUUGUUGUUGUUGCCCAUGCUUCCGCUGCUGGCGUUUUGCAUAAGGGAGUGCUUGGCUGUUGCUCUUUACAGGAUAUAUCGGCAAGGCUCACAAGUUGGAAGGGUUGGGUGCCAGGUUUUCCUACUGACAAACAAUAUAAAGUUUACGAAUCCUCUCCUGUAAGAAUUGCCGCCUCGCCAGGUUGUCAUUCUUCCAUCCCAGUGUUUCUUUUUCUGGCCCACUCCUGCUUAAUGUGGCUCUCCGUAUUUGUGCCAUGUUCCGAUUGA